AUGUCUUCGAGGAUUAAGGCUUUGGACGAAUCGGUUGUGAACAAAAUCGCAGCAGGAGAGAUCAUUGUGGGACCAGUAAAUGCCCUGAAAGAGAUGAUGGAGAACUCAAUUGAUGCGGGGGCAACUUCGAUUGAUAUACUGGUGCGAGAUGGGGGGCUUAAGGUCUUGCAGUUGACGGAUAAUGGAUCAGGAAUCGACAAGAACGAUUUGCCAAUCCUAUGUGAGCGGUUCACUACGUCGAAACUGACGGCAUUCGAGGACCUGAGCUCGAUUCAAACGUAUGGGUUUCGUGGUGAGGCACUUGCAAGUAUCUCCCACAUUGCUCGUGUCACAGUAACGACGAAAACCCAAAGCGAUGCCUGCGCGUGGAAAGUUUCGUACGCCGCAGGCAAGAUGCUGGGUGAGCCAAAACCGACAGCAGGGAAAGACGGCACUGCUAUACUCGUGGAGGACCUGUUUUACAACGUGCACUCGCGGCUCCGCGCGCUGCGGUCGCCCAACGAAGAGCUAGCCAAAAUCCUGGACUGCGUAGGCCGAUACGCCAUCAAUGCGUUUCAAAUCGGGUUCUCGUGCAAGAAGUUUGGCGACUCGCAAUUUGCUCUAUCGGUCAAAGCAAACUCAACAACCAGGGAGAGGAUACGAGCCAUUUUUGGACGCGUGGUUGGCGAAAACCUGGUUGAGCUGAACCUCGCUGAAAACCCCCAGUUUGGUGUUUCUGCGCAUGGCCAAGUCAGCAAUCUCAACUUUGUGAGCAAGAAAGCAAUUACCCCAGUUUUGUUCAUCAACAACCGUCUAGUGACAUGCGAUCCACUCCGACGGGCACUGAACCAAGUAUAUGGGUCUUAUUUGGCGAAAGGCAACAAGCCGUUUAUCUUUCUCAGCCUCAGUAUACGUCCAGACCUAGUCGAUGUGAACGUACAUCCUACAAAACGAGAAGUUAGGUUCUUACACGACGAUGAAAUUGUGGAACUGGUCGCGAGUCGGCUGGAGGAUGCUCUCGCUAGCGUUGACACGUCCCGCUCUUUCACAACUACGUCUAUAUACACUCCAAACCCAGUUUCCAUUCGAGAGGGUUUGGGACAGCCACACUCACACUUAAUCAACAACAUGCCUGUGUCAAGCGUUACCAAUAAGAUAAAGCGCCAAGAAAACAAGAUGGUUCGCAUAGACUCUUCCCAAAACAAAAUUACCAACUAUUUGAAGACUGCGGAGAUCCAUCCAGGGCCUUCAGGAAAUGCUUUUGACUCGCAGCUUGGUCAGGCAGUUUCCGUCAAUCUAUCUCCUGAUUCAACAACCCAAACCCAAGAAAUCGAAUCCAACGAUUCAGUUGCGAAUGCCAGAGACCCAGUAUACUCGGUAUUGAGAAGUGAGUGGUCCGAUGUCAAUCUCGCAAGUGUGAAGACGCUAAGAAAAAUGGUGGACGACGACACUAGUAAGGAGUUGACCAAUGCAUUUGCAAACUUGACCUAUGUCGGGGUAGUUGAUGAGCAAAGAAGAUUGGCUACAAUUCAACAUGAACUGAGACUUUACCUUGUCGACUACGGCUCAAUCUGCUACAAUCUGUUUUACCAAAUUGGCCUUACCGACUUUGCAAACUUUGGUAAAAUUUAUCUGGAAUUAGAAGCUUCACUUUCCGCCGACAAGGGCAUCGUUAUUCAGGAUCUGUUGAUUCAAACGCUCAAUCCUGGUGGCAAUCUAGUUGCAUCGCUCUUACAGAAGAUAUGGGACAUGAAGGAAAUGCUUGACGAGUAUUUUUCGAUCGAAAUCCAUGGCAACAGCAAUGACCUGCGCUCCAUCCGGAUCGCGAGUGUGCCUCUACUGUUGAAGGGAUACAUGCCCCCUCUGUCGAAGCUCCCAUAUUUUCUCUACAGAUUGGGUAACAAAGUUGACUGGUCAGACGAAAUGCCAUGCUUACAUGGCAUAUUGCAACAAAUAGCAUUGCUCUACGUCCCUGAAGUCAUUGAGAGAAUUGAUCCAGAGGAUGAAUCAGUAGAAUCUGAGGAACGGGCCGCAUACGUUGCAAAAGUGGAUUUAAUGACAGCCACCUUGGAACAAACAAUCUUCCCCUGCAUUAAAAAAAGACUUCUUGUUCCAAAGUCUCUAAAGAGCAGCGUAAUCGAGGUCGCCAAUUUGCCUGGACUGUAUAAGGUCUUUGAACGGUGUUGA